AUCAGCUGGACAAAAUAUGAAAUUCAUUGGCUUAGAUGUUUCUUUCUUCAUUCUCUCUACCCUCACUGCUCUUUGGAAUGCAGGAGCUCAAGACUCUUGUGCACAGCGAUGUGGGGAGCUGCUUGGUACCUGUUCUUGCCAGGUGACAUGCCAGUCCUUGGGGCUAUGCUGUCCUGAUUACACAGAAUUUUGUCUUCAAAUUUCUCCAUACUCAGGAUCUCUUAUGGGAGGCAAAGACUUUUUGCUUAACAACACAACUCUUACUGCCUCUUCUGUGGUAAAAUGCAGGUUCAAGCAGCAAAUCAUAACCAGUGGCUAUGUUGACAAGGAUGGAAAAGCCCACUGCAUCUCCCCAUUGCUUUAUGAGACUGGUUUCAUCCCUCUUGAAGUUUCUACAGAUGAUGGGUCAACAUUUCCCUACUCUGCAACUUGGUUAUCAGUACAUCACAACAAAGUUUCAGAUGAAGAAAAAUGCACAUUGGUAAAUGAGACAAAAUGGCAAUACUAUGGCACCUCCAGCACUGGUGGGAACUUAACUGUUACCUGGACACACCAGACACUUGCAGCAACCCACGUCAACAUAGAAGUCUGGGGAUACCAGGAAACAGGUGACAGUUAUUCAGAAAACUGGAUGGCUGAAUGGAAAUACCUUUAUACUUUGGCAAAAGAAAUCCCCAACACAGGGAAAUAUUCUUUCCUUCCUGUACCCGCUGAGGAAAAUUACAGUACAUGGCACUUUGGAAUUUUGAGAAUUAUACCCAGCAGCUAUUCAGAUGGGCAAAGUAACAUUCCAUCAAUCUGGAGCUCAGAACAUGCAUUGGCUUGGCACCUUGAGAAAGACUUCAGAAAUGACCCAAAUGCAUGGGCAACUGCAAAAUGUAUCGAAUGGGAUAGAAAGGAAGAGUUGCUUCCAAACUUCUUGGAAGAAAUUCCAGACUGCCCUUGCACCUUGGCACAGGCAAGAGCUGACACUGGCAGGUUUCAUACAGAUUAUGGCUGUGACAUUGAAAAGGGGAGUGUGUGUACUUACCAUCCUGGUGCUGUGCAUUGUGUAAGAGCCAUCCAAGCCAGUCCCCGCUAUGGGGCUGGACAGCAGUGCUGCUAUGACUCCUCGGGAACCCAGAUCCUCACGCACGACUCCACCGGAGGCAGCACACCUGAUCGAGGGCAUGACUGGGGCUCACCGCCUUUCCUGAAGCCUCCCCGGAUACCUGGCUUUUCCCAUUGGCUUUAUGAUGUUAUCAGCUUCUAUUACUGCUGCCUGUGGUCUGAUAAUUGUGACUUCUACAUGAAAAGGCGGCCCUCUAGUGACUGCAGGACGUACCGCCCGCCCCAAGCUGCAUCUGCUUUUGGGGAUCCUCAUUUCCUUACAUUUGAUGGUCUGAACUUCACCUUCAAUGGCCUAGGAGAAUACACAUUGGUAGAGUCUGAUCUCAAAUCCCUGACAGUGCAAGGGAGGACACAGCAGGCACUCUUUCCCAAUGGAACUGGGGCUCUGGGGACAGGCCUGUCUGCGGUGGCCAUGCGGGAGAACAACUCUGAUGUGAUUGAAGUGCGCUACUCUGAGGAUUUCCAUCUGCAGGUCCUCUUGAACCAGAGGGUUCUCAACUUCUCUGAACAAACUUGGCUGGACUUGAAAGGUCUCUUUCUCUAUUCUACACCUGAUCAGAACAUCACAGUGAUGUUCUCUUCUGGGUCUGGAGUGGAAAUAAGGGGAAGUGGAGGAUUUCUGACCCUGACAAUUCUGCUCCCAGAGAAGUUUAUGAAUCACACACGGGGUCUCUUUGGGGUAAUGAAUGGCAAUCCAGAGGAUGACUACACCUUCAAGAACAAAACCACUUUGUCAGUUCAUGCAAGUCCCCAGCAGGUGUUUGAGUUUGGAGCUAGCUGGGCUGUUGAAAAUGAAACUUCUCUCUUUACUUAUGACACGGAGUUCUUACUGAACAGUUUCUUUUAUGGGGAAAAGCACAAUGCUUCCUUUCUGCCUGUGUUCUCCCCUUCUGAAGACCCUGCUGACCCCCUGGUAGAAGAGAUGGUCUCACACUGUGGCUCUGACCCAUUCUGCAGAUUCGAUGUCCUGACAACCAGAAGCCUUCAAGUGGGAAACUCCACAAGACUUUCCCAUCAGAAUCACAAGCGCCUGGUAGAACAUCUACAGCCAGUGGUCUCUUGUGGCUGGCUGGAUCACCCAACCAAUGGAAGAAAGAAUGAUACUAACUACCUGCAGGGCUCAACCAUCAAUUUCACCUGCAAUGAGGGCUAUGAACUCAUGGGGUCACAGGAAGUAACUUGCCAAGUGUCAGGAGCCUGGUCAGGAGAAACACCCCAGUGCAGCCAAGUAACAGCUAUCAAACAAAUAAUUGUUAUUGGCAGUGUAUUUGGAAUAGUCGGUCUUGUAGUCCUGGCACGUCUGGGUUAUUUAUGCAGAAAGCAGAGGGUCCACAAGAAAUAGAAUGCCAGAUAAAAUGGAAUUGAAAUUGAGUGAAUGGAAACAAAAUGGGGUUACAGCCCUUGAAAAGAAGAUUGUAUGUGUGAGGAAGAACUAAAUACUGCUGAACUUAUCACAAAAAAAAAAAAAACAAAAAAAAAAAAAAAAAAAAAAAAAACAAA